UGUUAAAUAGAUUAUUUACAAAAAUCAGCUGAAAAACAUAAACCGAUAGCUAUUUCCACUAUCUUUAAUUACCUUUAAAAAGUUAGCUGUUCUGUCUAAAUUGCCAUUAUAUGCAUACUUUCGUCAUUGCUCUUAAAACAGAACUGUAACAAAUAUAAGCGGAUCUAUCAAAUGACACCACAAUUUGGCAAGAUGAAGACCGUCUUAGUCAUCUUCAUAUGCGCUUUAGUAUUUCAGACCAUACUGCCCACAAAUGGUCAAGAGAGUGAUGUAAAGCCAGGAAGUGGUGGUAGUAUCCAACAGAUAAAUCAAGAAGGCGUCAAUAACACGGCUACUAAUAUAGAGGGUGGUGUGAAAAACAUUUCCCCGGAUGUAAAACAAAGACCAGGUAAUAGUAGCGAGGCGAUUGGAGGAAGUGGCGGUAGUAUCCAACAGAUAAGCCAAGAAGGCAUCAACAACACGGCUACUAAUAUAGAGGGUGGAGCAGGAAAUAUUUCUCCGCAGGUACAACGAAGACCAGGUAAAAGUAGCGAGGCUAUUGGAGGAGGUGGCGGUAGCAUCCAACAGAUAAGCCAAGAAGGCAUCAACAACACGGCUACUAAUAUAGAGGGUGGAAAGGGAAACAUUUCCCCGGCGGUCCAAAGAAGACCAGGUAAAAGUAGCGAGGUGAUUGGAGGAAGUGGCGGUAGUGUUCAACAGAUAAGUCAAGAAGGCAUCAACAACACGGCUACCAAUAUAGAGGGUGGAGCAGGAAAUAUUUCCCCGCAGGUACAACGAAGAGCAGGUCAAAAUAGAAGGGUAGCAGGACGUGCCGGUAAUAUCCAACAGAUAAGUCAACGAGGUAUCAAUAACACGGCUACUAAUAUAGAGGGUGGAAUGGGAAAUAUCCCCUAUGGACUACUUUUUAACUUUGGGAAUAGAAGACAAAGACUGAGAACAGGGCAAGGUAGUAAGGUGUUGCCAGGAGGUGGUGGUACCCAACAGAUAAGUCAAGAUGGCGUCGGUAACACGGCUACUAAUAUAGAGGGUGGUAUAAGAAACAUUUCCCCGGAUGUACAACAAAGAACAGGUAAAAGUGGCGAUGUGAUUGGAGGAAGUGGCGGUAAUCUCCAACAGAUAAGCCAAGAAGGCACCAAUAACACUGCUACUAAUAUAGAGGGUGGAGCAGGAAAUAUUUCUCCGGCGGUACAACGGAGAACAGGUCAAAAUAGUGAUGUGAUAUCGAGAAGUGGCGGUGAUAUUCAACAGAUAAAUCAAGAAGGCAUCGGUAACACGGCUACUAAUAUAGAGGAUGGAAUAGGAAAUUUUUUCUCUGAGGCAUUAUGGAGAAUAGGUGAAGAAAGUAAGGUGAAGUCAGGAGGUGGCGGAAAUAUCCAACAGAUAAGUCAACGAGGUAUCAACAACACGGCUACCAACAUAGAAGGAGGGAUGAGAAACUUCCCUUUUAGACUAAAUUUUAACAUUGAGAAUAGAAGACAACGACAGAGAGCAGGUCAAAAUAGAAGAGUGGCGGCAGGAGGUGGCGGAAGUACACAACAGAUAAGCCAAGCAGGCAUCAAUAACACGGCUUCUAAUAUAGAGGGUGGGAUGGGAAACAUUUUUCCAGCUGUACAACGAAGAAACCCGAUAACAGUUAAAUUUUCCCUAUCUGAAGGGGAGCUUGACGAGACAAAUCCAGUUUCCAAUGGUAAUCUCCAGCAAGAAAAGGACGGAAUUGAGGGGAUAGAUGAGGGAAUAUGGAUACAAGAUGCUAAUACGUCCCAAAACCAACAGGAAAAGAACAUUACAAACCAGAGAGGUGAGGCGACUUCAGAAGGUGGUGAUAAAUUCUUACAGAAUAAUCAACAAGGCUCUAAUAACAGGGCUAUUAAUAUAGCAGGCGGAGUUAGAAAGACGGUCAAUAUUAAUCAAAACUUCAACUUUGGCUGAAAAGAAAAAAUCUGCAUCAAUUAUUCUGCAAUUUUUUGUCUAAUAAUAAUACAUUAAAUCAUAAAAGAUGAUCUUAUGUAAAAAAUAUAAUGUUAAAGAAAGUGUAUUAUUAUACUUGUUACAAGUAUUGCAACCAUUCGA